AUGAAGACAGUCUUAUUUCUCUUUGCUGUUCUCUUCUUUCUGGACAAAGCCAAGAAUGCCUUUUUCAAUGAGAAAUGCACCAGGAUCAACAGGAGAUGCACAGCAUCUUGUCUGAAGAACGAAGAACUUGUUGCUCUCUGCCAGAAGAAUUUGAAGUGCUGCGUGACAGUCCAGCCCUGUGGAUGGAGCAAGGGCAACGAGUCGGAUGAGGGCUCAGGCCACAUGGGGACCUGGGGAUGA